UGUGUCAAGCGCCUCGGAAUUGAUGACGGUUAAGCUUCGUGACCGCUUGAGACACAAUUAAAGAAACAAAUACUGUUAAUAUUGCCCGGUGAUCAAUUCGACAGAAUGCUAUUUCUCGGAUACUGAAGCGGAGACACACCUGGAGUCGAAAAGUGGUCAAGGCAGAUCCUCACAUCUUACUUUAGGCACUAAUUGAAUGAACAUUAAUUUAUUGUCACCACAUGGAACCCAUUCCUCUUCUUGAGCACAUAAAGACUCUUACUGACCACUGUGACUGGACAAAUUAUUAUUGAUGUGUGACCAAAGCAUGGAGAUGCCUGGAGGUGACAGUGGUCCUGAUGGGGAGGAGCCUGCAGCACUGUCCAGCGGAGGAAGAGGAGGAGGAGGAGGAGUGGAGUCGAGGGUGACGUCAGAACAGCAGGACGGAGGGGCACAGUCAAAUCGCCUCAGGGGGGAAGAGAGCGGAGCUUCAGGUGGGGAUGUGGGGCAGGAAGAUGAGGAGAUGACUAGCGGAUCGCAUGACCUUUCCUCUUCGGCCAAUCACAGCCCUGGCAGCGUCACAGGAUCCACCUCAGCUUCAACUAAGAGCAGUGAGAACACCAAUGGUAGCAGAGGGCAGGCCCACAGAGAGGUGAUGGUCACAGUGGCUGAGAUGAAGAAGAGGAUUCCAUCAGACAAACGCAGUCGCAGCAAAGCCAGCACUGUGGAGGCCUUACAAUACGCACUCAACUGUGUCAAACAAGUGCAAGCCAACAGCGAAUACUACAAACUGCUGAUGCGAAAUGGCCAGGAUGAGAGGAGAGAUGCUACUGUUUGCACCCUGGAGGAGUUGGAGAGAGUCACAUCUGAACACACACUUAAAAACACGGACUCCUUUGUGGUGGUUUUCUCCCUGUCGAGCGGACGCGUGCUGUAUGCGUCGGAGCAGGCUCCCAGCAUCCUGUGCUGCAAGAGGAAGUUCCUGGAGUCGGCCAAGUUUGUGGAGCUGCUCUACCACCAAGACGUUAAUGUCUUCUAUUCGCACACGGCUCAGCCGCAUCUGCCCCCCUGGAGCAACUCUCAUACAGCGGGGGUUCUGUUUGACUGUGCUCAGGUCAAGUCUUUCUUCUGCAGAAUCAGGGGUGGGAAGGACCGUGAGGGUGAGAUGCGUUACAACCCGUUUCGGGUAACACCCUACCUGCUGACGGUGCAGGGAACAGGAAGCAUUGAGGAAGAGGAGGAGCCAUGUUGCCUGGCGCUGGCUGAACGCAUCAUCUCUGGAUAUGAGGCUCCUCGGAUCCCCAUGGACAAGCGCAUCUUCACCACAACUCAUUCACCCGGCUGCGUGUUCCUGGAAGUGGAUGACAGGGCUGUGCCACUGCUAGGAUACCUUCCCCAGGAUCUGAUCGGCACGUCAUUGUUGACUUUCAUUCACCCGGACGACCGUCUCCUCAUGCUGUCUAUGCACCGGAAAGUGUUGAAGUAUGCGGGCCAGUCUCCAUUUGAGCACUCUCCGAUGCGCAUGCGUUGUCAGAAUGGAGACCACAUCACCUUGGACACCAGCUGGUCCAGCUUCAUCAACCCUUGGAGCCGCAAGGUGGCCUUCAUCAUCGGACGGCAUAAAGUCAGGACGAGUUCACUGAAUGAGGAUGUUUUCGCUGCACCGACGAAGGAGGAUGUCCCAGUCACCUUUGAGGAGAUUAAAGAUCUGCAAGCAAAAAUCUAUAAGCUUUUCCUGCAGCCGGUCCAUAACAAUGGUUCCAGUGGUUACGGCAGUUUGGGAAGUAAUGGCUCUCAUGAGCACUACAUCAGUGUAGCUUCUUCAAGUGACAGCAACGGAAACCUGUGGGAGGACUCACACCGGGAACCGAUGACUUUGCAGCAGAUCUGUGCUGAUGUUAAUAGAGUCAAGAGCUGGGGCCAGCAGGCUUAUCUGGGCUCCAACCACAAAAUUUCUCUUCUUGGCAAACCAGCUACAGCACGUCUGCCGCCUGUAGUCACCAACCCUGAGGUCAGAGAUCGAGAAGAAGGCAGGAAGCAAACGCAUAUUCCCUCCUAUCAGCAGAUCAACUGUGUGGACAACAUCAUCAGAUAUUUGGAGAGCUGUACAGGCCCCGCCCUCAAGCGGAGGAGUGACUCUCAUUCCCUGGACACCUCCUCAUCCUCAUCCUCUACCUCAGAGGAUGACAAGCCAGCUGAAGCCACCGACGUAGCUCAGGCCAGCUCCGAUGUGGUGUUGGACAGUGCAGCAUCAGUGGCCCCUACGGCCGCAGCAGUUGUUGGAGCGCCUCUGACAGACAUGACAAUGUCCACUAAGGCCAUGAGCGUGGUCUCCGUCACCAGCCAGUGUUCGUACAGCAGCACUAUCGUCCAUGUGCCACAGCCUGAAUCAGAGGCCACGGCACUGGAGGACGCCCCGAUGGGCAGUGAGCCCGCUGAUGCUGCUCCGACCUCUGUCCGUCCAGCCCCAAGUCCUGCCACAGAGGAACCACGGUUUGUAGGCCUCACUAAAGAGGUGCUGUCAGCCCACACCCAGAAGGAGGAGCAAGAGUAUGUGGAUCGAUUCCGCCAUCGGAUCCUCCAGAGUCCCUACAGCUCAUAUCUGCAGCUGGACAACAGCUCAAUGGCUCACUCCCACCACCCAGGAGAUUACCUACGUCCGGUGAGCGCUGGUGGACUGAACCGCUCUAGGAGAGGAAAGCCCAGAUACAAGCGCCCCAAACCGCAGGGUUCUUCAGACAGCUACGCCUCCCCCGCUGGCCCUUCUCGCCGUGUCCCAGACUCCUCAUGGCCCUCCUCAGAGUCCUCACAGCCCCAAAUGGGGGUGCCCUUCAACCAAACGUCCCCACUCCAGGCGCCAUUCUUCCCCAUGAUGGCGACGCAGCCUGGUCCUGAGCCCAGACCACAACAGGUGCCUGAACCAACCCCCAUGGUGCCACAGCCUCCUGACCAAAGCCAGCUCAGCUACAGUUUCAACAUCAUGCAGCCUGCUCAGAGCCUGCUGGGCAUGCAGCCAAUCCAAAUGGAGCCCUUUCAUACUCUGCAGAACUUUCCCAACCUGCAACCCAUGGCUCCAGUCCAGGGCAUCAACCCGUACAUGACUCCAGUCAUGGCUGUCAUCCUGCCCAACUACCCAACAUUCACUCCAGGUUACCCGUCCAGUUACCCACCGCCUGCGCCUUCCAUGCUUCCCCAGGCUCCCGUCACCAUGUCAGGCUUUGCUCCUGGUGGUGUCCCCUUCCCUCAGCCCCAGUUCCAAACCCAGCCUGCCCCUCUCCCUCAGACAUGCUUGGGCUCUCUGCUCUGCUCACCCAGAGCCAGCUCCUCUGUCGGGGAAGAGGAGGAAGCAGCCGGGCCUCGAGCUUUAUUCUCCAGCUCUCGAUCGAGUUCUCCGCUGCAGCUGAACUUGCUGCAGGAGGAGCUACCAAAGCCGAACGAAGGGCAGAGCAGCACCGGGCACAACCACACCGAGAGCCUCCAUGAACAACAUGCCAACCAGGGUGAUAACCCCAGUGAGUCUGGGAACCAUGACGCUCAGUCUACAUCCAGUGAGCUGCUUGACCUGUUGCUGCAGGAGGAUGCCAGGUCAGGGACUGGCUCCAACGCCUCAGGGUCUGGGUCAGGGGAGUCUGGAGGCUCCCUGGGAUCUGGCUCUGGAUCUGGCUCCAAUGGAACCUCCACCUCACACACUGGCAGCAGCAACAGCAGCAAAUACUUUGCCAGCAAUGAUUCAUCGGACACAUCACGCAAAGCCCGUAAGAGCCAGGAGGCACCGGCAGAGCACCAACACAGCUUUGACACUCGGGUGGACAACUCUCUGUGGGGCAUGAUCCAGCACACGCCGGAGCAUGUCAUGAUGACGUACCAGAUCCACACCAGGGACCAGAAUGAGGUGUUGGCAGAGGACAGGGAGAAACUGCGGGUGCUUCAGCCCCUCCAGCCCUGGUUCACCCAGGAGCAGAGAGAGGAGCUGGCUGAGGUCCAUCCCUGGAUCCAACAGCACACCAUCCCACAGGAGAUAGACACACAGGGUUGUGUGAGUUGUAACUCGGGCCCAGGGGUCAUCCACUCCCCUCCUCACCCCACUGCCCCCGAUAGCUCGUCCCCUCAGCAGGACCCUAUCGGACCUGUGGUGGACACUUGAGAGACCUGGGUCUCGAUCAACCCAGCUCUCAACCAGCCCUGCCAGAAACCUCAACAACUCCCACCAUGCAUCUCUUCUGACCAAUAUGGAGGAGUGGGUCCCUAUGCUUUAGUUUGACAUGAUUUGUAAAGGUAUCAGAGGCUGGGCCAGGCCCAGAGAGAAAGAGGAGGCAAAAGACAUGGGCAUUUUCUCAUUUUCUCCGUCAGCCUAAUGUGACUGCCUUUGUCGGACCAUAAAAAUUCUACCUUUCUUCUUUUUGUGUUGAGGGACCCCUGUAAGGGGUUCAGUUUGUAUUUAAGACUGACCAGUAAUUGGCACCAUGGACAACCUGACACUCAAUAUAGGAAGAUGGUCCCAUGGUUGAUGCCCCUAAACAAGAGCACUGUGUACGCGCACACACACACACACGGUCUGUCGGACGAGUGUGACUAGGAGACAAAGACAGUGCUGGCCCAGUUUGAGUAUCAGAACACACACCAGACUCUUCUCCAGAGACGUGGAGUGCAGGUUGUACAGUAAAUGUACCACAACUUAACUGCAUAGUAACGUACCAUGCUUGACACAUGGUAGAUUUGGUUUUUUUGUUGUUUUUUUUGACAUGAGGACAAAGACACAUUUGCUGCUCUCUGUUUAUAAUGUUCAGAUUCUAGUCUUGUAAGUUAAUUGUUAUUGGAGUGUAUCUUGUUAUUCCAUAGGUUGCUUUCCUCUUGUCUAGAACAUUAGUUUUUAUGUUACUCAGUCUCACGAACAACAGCAAACGUGAUGAUCAUUUCAAUUUAAAUUUAGUGCUACAACACAAGUCCAUCCCCAAUGUCCCA